AUGGAAAUGGAUAUCAUCCGAUCAACAGUCCAGUUAAGGUCUAUAAAAGCAGGCUCAGAAAACCCCUCACAGCCUUCACAAGACUCGACUCAGAAGAUGUUUCGUCCGUCAGCUUUCCUUCUUCUCACCGCCUUCACUAAGGUUACCUUCGCUCUUAACCAGGGAGAUUUAGCAAUCUCUUUGAAAGCCGUCGAGUCCUCUGUAAAGACAGUUGAAGACAUUGUUAUCACUGCAAUUGUCACCAACCCCACAAAACAAGACUUACGUGUUCUUGGAGUGAACAACGUCCUCGACGCGUCCGCUACCCAGUCCUUCGUUAUCAAGUCGUCCGAAGGAAAGGAGGUUCCAUUUGCCGGCGCCCAUGUUAGCAUCCUACCUCAUCAUUCUGAUCUUUGUUGUGCUAAUUCCGCAUUCUCCACAGGCGUCGUACGAUUUCUCACACGAAUCCCUAUUCGUGAACAUUCCAGCGAGUCAAUCCGUCGCGGUGAACCACACUAUUGCUUCGAUCUACGACUUCUCGUCCUUCGCGCCCGGGACCUCUUUUUCGGUUGCCUCCCGCUCCACCACGUUCCAGUCAGCACCCAACGAUGCUCCGAUCGUUGUUAUCACCAAUUCUGUCGAUGUCAAGGUCACCGACGAGCUUUCCUUCCACCCUCUCUUCAGCUCAGGCCCAAGCGCGUUUGUAUCCAACCCGACAUGCUCUGA